AUGAAGUGGCAUCGAUUUCAGCCAAUUUUGGAAGAGGUUAUGCUUGUUUCUAAGGGGGACGUGGCUCGCUUUGAAUACUUGAAUUUCCCUAUACAUUCUUCUUCUAUUACUGGCUUGGAUACCUGCAUUCGCAAACCCCUUGUUGCUACCUGUUCACUGGACAAAUCUGUCCGCAUCUGGAACUACGAAACCAAUACACUGGACCUAUAUAAGGAAUACCAAGAAGAAGCAUAUGCACUUGCCCUGCAUCCUAGUGGUCUCUAUGUUUUGGUCGGUUUUGCUGACAAAUUGAGACUUAUGAAUCUGCUAAUUGAUGACAUACGAGCUUUCAAAGACUUCAAUGUACGAGGGUGCAGAGAGUGUGCCUUCAGCACAGGGGGUCAUCUCUUUGCAGCAGUAAAUGGGAAUGUGAUCCACAUUUACUCCUCCACAACUUUUGACAAUACUAUUAACCUGAAAGGACACAAUGGGAAGGUGCGAUCAGUUGUGUGGAGUAUGGAUGAUUAUAAACUAGUCUCCUGUGGCACAGAUGGGGCAGUAUAUGAGUGGAACCUCCAGAAUGGCAAGAGGGAAUCUGAGUGUGUUCUGAAAUCCUGCAGUUACAGUGGAGUGGCGAUAUCCCCAGAUUCAAAAGUUGUCUUUGCUGUUGGAUCCGAUCAUUCCAUCAAGGAGAUUUGUGAUUCUUCGAUCCUGCGAGAAGUACCUACAUUUGAUGUUGUCUACACAUGCAUAGUGGUAGCUCAUUCUGGGCGCAUGGUGUUCACUGGAACAUCCACAGGAACUAUCCGAUCCAUGAAAUACCCACUCCCUGUCCACAAGGAAUUCAAUGAGUAUCAAGCCCAUUCUGGUCCUGUCACCAAGAUGUCCGUAACUUCUGAUGAUCAGUUCCUGCUAACGUCGGCAGAAGAUGGCUGCAUAAUUAUUUGGAAAGUAUAUGACAAAGAGGGACGAGGACUGAAAAGAGAAAGAGAUGUGCCGUACUCUGAUGAAGUGUUGAUCACAAGAACAGAUAUGGAAGAAAAGACACAAGUCAUGUUAGAGCUAAAAACACGUGUGGAAGAGCUGAAGAUGGAAAAUGAGUACCAGCUGCGUCUCAAGGACAUGAAUUACAAUGAAAAGAUUAAGGAAUUAACUGAAAAAUUCAUCCAGGAAAUGGAAUCACUGAAAACAAAAAAUCAGGUAUUGAAAACAGAGAAAGAAAAACAGGAAAUGCAACACCAAGAGCAACUUACAGAACUAAUAGAGAAGCAAUCAAGAGAAGUGCAAGACUUAGAAUCUGGCAACAACCAGAAGCUGUUGCUUGAAUAUGAGAAAUACCAGGAGCUGCAAAUGAAAUCCCAACGCAUGCAGGAGGAAUAUGAGAAGCAGCUUCAUGAAAUGGAAGAGAGCAAGAGCCAGGCAAUGGAGGAGCUAACAGAGUAUUAUGAGGCAAAACUGCUUGAAAAAACUGCACUGCUGGAAGAGGCUCAGGAUGAUGCAAGACAACAGCUUCGAGAAUUUGAGGAAACAAAGAAACAAAUUGAAGAAGAUGAGGAUCGGGAAAUUCAGGACAUCAAAAUAAAAUAUGAGAGGCGGCUUCGAGAGGAAAGAGAAUCCAAUCUGCGGCUAAAGGGGGAGACAGGAAUCAUGAGGAAGAAGUUCAACAGUCUCCAAAAAGAGAUUGAAGAACGCUGCAGUGACAUUGAAGGAAUGAAAGUGGAGCAACAGAAGUUGCAAGGGAUUAUUAAAUCCCUAGAGAAAGAUAUCCUGGGACUGAAAAGAGAGAUUCAAGAAAGAGAUGAGACUAUUCAAGACAAGGAAAAACGAAUUUAUGAUCUGAAGAAAAAAAACCAAGAGUUGGAGAAAUUCAAAUUUGUACUAGAUUACAAAAUAAAGGAGCUGAAGAAGCAAAUAGAGCCACGUGAAAAUGACAUAAAAAUGAUGAAGGAACAGAUCCAGGAGAUGGAGGGAGAACUGGAACGCUUCCACAAGCAGAACACACAGCUAGAACUAAACAUAGCGGAGCUGCGGCUAAAGCUGAGAGCAACAGACCGUGAGAUGCAUAAAGAGAUGCAGAAGGAGCGAGACAUGGAAGCACUUGUGAAACGAUUUAAAACAGACCUUCACAACUGUGUAGGCCUUAUCCAGGAGCCUAAGAAAUUAAAGGAGAGCAUCAAGGAUAUCUAUGAGAAGUAUGUGCAGAAGGCAGAUAUGGUGGAAAUUGUGGGGGUUGACACAGAUUUACACCAGGAGUAUACACGGCAGCGAGAGCAUCUUGAGCGCAAUCUUGCAACCUUGAAGAAGAAGGUGAUAAAGGAGAGUGAAAUCCAUCGGGCAGACUAUGUCCGCAUCAUGCAGGUACUAACACAGGAAAGAAGAAGGUCCACUCUUCCUACUUGUUGUGAUGGGAAGGUUCCACAUAUUCCAUGUAGAGCUUUUCUACACAUUUCCAGGCUCAGAAGAUUGAGCAAUUCCAGUUUUAAAAAUGAUUUCUAUAUGAGUUAG